AUGUAUGUGUACAUCCAUUGGACAACUUCACUUCACACCUUCGUUUGUAUCCAGCCGCACGCUGCACGGAAGGCAAAACAGAAAUUAACCGAAUCGUCAGCAACCAGGUGGUCUUACGAAUGCUGGCAUAAAACUAAACAGGAGCUGAUCCCAACAGCUCUACAUCAGAUUAACUGUGAUGUGCAACGAGCGUGGAAGCUUCGCAGUUCCCUGGUGGAGAAUUAAUAAGGUAUCUGAAUAAAAAGAAGUAAACCCGAAUUAGAGGGUAACAAAUGGGAAGCUAUAAAUGGAGCCUUUCAGAUGUGUGGUAGGUGUGAAUAUCACUACGAUGGAUCGCGGAACAUGCCAACGCAACUGAUUUUCCCACAAAUAUCGAUUUGCGCAUGCAAGCAACGUGCGUUUCUUCCUAAACAAACUUUUGGGUUCUGUAUUAGUCCUCGCGGCUACCAUUUGGAUCAUGGAAUUGUAACAGACAUCCCGAAAAUACACAAAUAAAAUAUCUG